GCAGGUAGCUGUAUCCAGCUGGGUGGCAGGUGGAUCCAAGGGUUACCAUGAAGUUUUCAGGACCCCUGGAGAGCCAGAGGUUGUCUCUCCUUCUGGAGACGGCAAUCUCUAGGGAAGCUCAAAUGUGGAAAGCACAUGUGCCGAAAAUUCAGCCCAAUCAGGAUGCAGCCAUUUCUCCGAAACAGAGGGAUGAGGUCAUUCAGUGGCUGGGGAAGCUCAAAUACCAGUUCCACCUUUAUCCAGAAACGCUCGCCCUGGCCAUCAGCCUUUUGGACAGGUUUUUAGCCACAGUAAAGGCCCAUCCAAAGUACCUGAACUGUAUUGCAAUCAGCUGCUUCUUCCUUGCUGCAAAAACCACUGAGGAAGAUGAGAGGAUUCCAGUACUAAAGGUGUUGGCUCGGGAUAGCUUUUGUGGUUGUUCUCCAGCUGAAAUUCGCAGAAUGGAGAAAAUUAUCCUGGAUAAACUGAACUGGGAUCUUCACAUGGCAACGCCACUGGAUUUCCUUCAUAUUUUCCACGCAGUUGCGGUGUCCAACAGGCCUCAGCUAGCGACCGUCCUGCCCCAGCUGAGCCCCUCACAGCACGUGGCAGCGCUCACCAAGCAGCUGCUGCACUGCAUGGCCUGCUACCAGCUGCUGCAGUUCAAGGGCUCCAUGCUGGCGCUGGCCAUCGUCAGCCUGGAGCUGGAGAAGCUGCUCCCCGACUGGCUGGCUCUCAUCAUCGAGCUGCUCCAGAAGGCACAGAUGGACAGCUCACAGCUGAUCCACUGCCGGGAGCUUGUGGCACAUCACCUUUCCACCCUGCAGUCUUCUCUGCCGCCCAACUCUGUAUAUGUCUACAGUCCCCUCCAGCAGACCCUGGUGACCUGUAACAGAGGAGCGUUCAAACGCCAGCCCUCCUCUGUCCCAGGGCCGGGUUUCUCCAAGGACAACGGCAGGCCAGAAGUGCCAGUCACAGGUACAGCUGCGCUCUACCAGCGUCUGCCAGCUCCCAGCGGUUGCAAGCAAGCCUCUGCCAAGCGCAAAGUGGAAGAGAUGGAAGUGGACGACUUCUACGAUGGUAUCAAGCGUCUCUACAACGAAGACAUUGCUCCAGAGGUAGUGGCUCUUGAAAACAUGGGCUCUGUUUGUGGCGCUGAUGUCUCAAGGCAGGAGGGCAGCGUUUCCCCGUGUCCACCUUUGCAGCCAGUGUCUGUUAUGUAGCUGUGAGCGCACACCACCUGCUCCACCACGGCUGCUCUAGAAGCCAUGCAGAACCUGGCACCCUGCAUUUUUGGUGGGGGGAGAAGGGGCCAUACCUUCUCAGGCUGAACUGAAGGGAGUCAAAAAAAAGAGAAAAAAAUUCCCAACCCUUUUCUGAAUUUUUUUCUUGUGCGGCUAAUUAUAGUUCCACUAUUUAAGCACUUAAAAACACAAAAAAGUAUAAAAAUCUAAAAAAAAGACCCAAAAACCAAACAA